AUGGCAUCGGAAAUGUUGAAAAGCAACGCUCUCAAUAUGGUCCCCAUGAUUGUGAUUGGCAGCUGGAUCAACUGGGCGUUUUCGGGCUUCCUUACCACUAAGGUUCCGUUCCCUUUGACUUACCGUUUCAAGCCAAUGUUACAACGUGGUUGUGAGUCAUUAAACUCUCUAAACGCUUCGUGGGUGAGCUCAGCCUCUUGGUACUUUUUGAAUAUAUUUGGUCUACGCAGCAUGUACGGCUUGGUCCUGGGAUCUGAUAAUGCUGCCGAACAACCAAUGUUUCUGACCGAUCAUGCACCUCCAGCGGCAGGGCAGGCGCCCCAAGAUAUGCAAAAAGCGUUCAAAGCAGAAUGGGAGGCCCUGGAGGUAGUUGAACAUCAAUGGGCUUUAGCUGAUGCUGAAAGUCGGUUACUUAUGCGGUAUAGAUGA